GAAUCCAACUUUUUCUUUGUGGCUCGCGCGACAUUCUCCCUUCUCUCUUCUUUCCUUGCUCCUCUGCUAAGCUCUGCUAAGCUCGGGUUUAUUCUGCAAUGGCGUACGAGGGAAUCCUUUUGGGGAUGGGAAACCCCCUCCUUGAUAUCUCCGCAGUUGUUGACGAUGAAUUCUUGAAAAAGUAUGACGUCAAGUUAAACAAUGCUAUUCUUGCAGAAGACAAACACCUACCAAUGUAUGAUGAAAUGUCUAAAAAGUACAAUGUUGAGUACAUUGCUGGAGGUGCUACUCAAAAUUCAAUUAGGGUGGCUCAGUGGAUGCUUCAAAUUCCUGGUGCAACUGGUUAUAUGGGUUCCAUUGGAAAGGAUAAAUUUGGGGAAGAGAUGAAGAAAAGUUCAAUGGCUUCUGGUAUUAAUGUGCAUUAUUAUGAGGACGAGUCUGCACCAACAGGCACAUGUGCUGUUUGUGUUGUGGGUGGUGAAAGAUCACUUAUAGCUAAUUUGUCAGCAGCAAAUUGCUACAAAACUGAACAUUUGAAAAGACCAGAAAAUUGGGCCCUUGUUGAAAAGGCCAAAUACUUUUACAUUGCUGGGUUUUUCCUUACGGUGUCCCCAGAGUCCAUUCAACUUGUAGCUGAACAUGCAGCUGCAAAGAACAAGAUAUUCUCAAUGAACCUCUCUGCCCCCUUCAUCUGCGAAUUCUUCAGGGAUGCACAGGAGAAGGCCUUACCUUACAUGGACUAUGUCUUUGGAAAUGAGACAGAGGCAAGAACUUUUGCAAAGGUUCAUGGUUGGGAGACUGAUAAUGUUGAGGAGAUUGCUUUGAAGAUCUCCCAAUGGCCUAAGGCAUCAGGAACCCACAAGAGGAUUACUGUGAUCACUCAAGGUGCUGAUCCUGUUGUUGUUGCCGAGGAUGGAAAGGUGAAACUGUUCCCAGUGGUAUUGUUACCCAAGGAGAUGCUUGUUGAUACCAAUGGCGCAGGUGAUGCAUUUGUUGGUGGAUUUUUGUCUCAGUUGGUUCAAGAGAAGCCCAUUGAAGAUUGUGUGAGAGCUGGUUGUUAUGCAGCCAAUGUCAUCAUCCAAAGGUCUGGCUGCACCUACCCGGAGAAGCCUGAUUUUAACUAAAGUUUCUCAUAGUUCUUCCUGGCUACCAUGUUUUUCUAUAUAUUAAUUGAUUUUUAGCUAGAGACUUCUAAGAGCAUGUAUGCAACGCUCUUUAUCUUUGUUUGUGACACGGAGUAGCCGGUUUUAUUUCUGAUCAACUUUCCCGAGUCGAGCAUAAUUAUAUUUGAAGGGCGUUUAAGCCUUUUUCUUCUGUGAUGACUAGAGGCAUUUGGGCCUGUGGCAUUUUCAGAGUUGGAUCUUUUUGUGCAUUUUGGGAAGUUUAAUGCCAUUCGAUAUGAGAUACGAGAUA